AUGUCACCGUCGCCCGAGGAUGACACCGCGAUUAAGUUCAAUCUUCCCCAGAGCAGCGCCAACGUCGAGGUAGCUUCUGAGGGAUUCACUACCCUUUGGUCGGCUCUCGAGGCGGAGACUGACAUAGUAUUCAUCCAUGGUCUCCAAGGCCACGCCCAAAAAACGUGGCACUAUGGUGCGGUCGAAGAGUCGGGCCGUGGCCUUCUCCGAAUUUUCCAAUCAUCGCAGCGCCAACACCGAAAGCAUGACUGCUUCUGGCCAAGGGACCUGCUCCCAAAUGACUGCCCGAAUAGCCGCAUCUUGACGUAUGGGUACGACUCGCACGUCAGUCAUUUCUUCUCCGGCGCUGCGAACCAGACGAACGUCGUUGGCCACGCCAGCAGCUUCUUACACGAGCUCGAGGCCAUCGCCGGGACGACCCCGGACGGCCCAUCAUUUUCGUUGCACAUAGUCUGGGUGGUUUGCUGCUCAAAGAGGCCCUUCGGCAAGCCUGCAUCCAGUCUGGGCUUCGAAGGCGCCGCUGGAGGCUUCAAGAUGAUAUUCGAAAGUACGGUCGCCACCAUCUUCCUCGGCACUCCUCACCGUGGCAGUGAACUUGCCGAAUGGGGUCUGAUGCUGCAAAGAGCUGCGAAAGCCGCCUGCUUUGACACCAGCGAUACGCUACUCAGGGAUCUCAGCGUCGACUCGGUGACGCUGAAGACGCUCAUCACCGGCUUUGCUGGUGCCUACGAGCGGAAGCAUUGGGAACUCUAUACAUUCUGUGAAGGUAAGGCUUUGCACGUGCCAUUCUUACCCCGGGAAAAGGUGGUGAGGGACAUCUCUGCUACUCUUGGCUAUCACCGUGAGCAUGUGGACGUCAUCAACGCCGACCAUAGAGCCAUGUGUCGCUUUCGAGGCCUACACGAUCCAGGGUACAAGAAGGUGAGGAAUGCGCUCAAGGCAUGCAUGAGGAACCAACCCGGUAGCAUUGACGGCAUCAAGUUCCGCAAGGCUCUCCGUGAGUUGGAUGCUGAAGAAACACGUUGGCGACUCCAACAAGUGGUGCCAGCUUUUGAGGACACAUUCGAAUGGCUCUAUGCCAACAAGCAACUGCGGUUUGUUGACUGGCUCGGCUCCGAUGAAGGGCUUUACUGGAUUAAGGGCAAACCGGCGUCUGGCAAAUCAACUCUGCUCAAGAAAGCGUACACAGAUACGCGCACCCAGAAGGCUCAAGUCGCUCUGAGGGCUAAGGGUUUCAAAUGCACGACAGCCGCCUUCUUCUUCCACGAUCGUGGGUCGCCUCUUCAGAAGUCUUUUGAGGGUUUCCUCAAAGCGGUUCUGCACCAAAUUCUGAAAGACAUACCCGAGCUGCGAUCCGUUGUGCACGAGGGAUGGCGAUACUUUUAUCGCAAAUCAGAGCCGUUUACGUGGACCACGGACAAGCUGAUCCAUGUCUUCGAACACGUUGUCAGAGAAACAAACUUCAACACAUCCAUACUUCUGUUUGUUGAUGCGCUCGACGAGUUUGAAGGAUUCUGGAUCCAAGAUCACACUGCCGGCGAUAUACAGCGCGUCGUCGACGUUGAAUUUCAGUCCAACUCUAGGGUUGGCCGAGAGCUUCGAGAUGGCACUGCGAUCCAGAAAGCCGCGAUUGACAGUCUGAAGGGGCAGAUUACUCGCAUGGCUGAAGGCGUCUUUCUCUGGGUCCGACUGAUUCUUGAAGAGCUCCUUGGCGACUUCACGGACGGGUCCAGCGUCGAAGAAGUCGCCGAGGAAUUGACCCGACUCCCGACGGAUCUGACGCGAUACUACCAAUACUUGCUCGAGAAGAGGAUUCGGCAAAAGUACAUUCGGCAGUCACGAGUCAUGCUCGAUAUUGUCAAGUGUGCGAAGCGGCCUUUGGUCCUCUCCGAUUUCCUUCUGGCAUAUCGCUUUGCCGCCAAAAGCGACUCGGAGGUUCCGGGUUCUCGCUUCGCCAAGGUCGACACAUCGUUCGAUGAGGCAAAGAGAUUGAUCCAGAGUCGAUGCGGCGGCCUUGUUGAGCUCAAGGAAGUUCGGCUGGAGAGCACGGAGCGCAUCUAUGCCUGUCCGGCCUUUUCCGAUGACCAACUGGAAGACUAUCACGUUCAGUUCCUGCACCAGACUGUGAAGGCCUUCGUGGAGAAGGCUUCCUCGGCCUUCACAGACAGUGAAGAUGAGACGCCCGUGAAUGGGUUUCUGUACUUGACCAAACUGGGGCUGCUGACCAUUGGCGACUCGGCGUGGCCGCGCUACUCGCCAUCUUUCUCGUUUCAAAAUGAUUUCUUGUCGUACCUUAAAGGCUCGGAAGAUGCUGGCCUGACAGAUAUGUCUUGUCUUCUCUCUCAGGUCAGCAUGGCAAAGAUUCUGGACGCUUUCAACCCUUGGGCCACCGAGCAGUACCUCCCACCACCAAAGAAUCUUGCGGGCAUCGCCAUGCUGGCCGAGACGCCGAGGUUUCUGGAACACGAACUAUCGCUCCUGUCAGGGGAAGAGGCAUCCAAGGUAUUCGUCCUGUUCUGCAGGUAUCUUUCGAAACACUGGGAAACCGUUCCCAAGGACAUUGCCAGCAUUCUUCUCAGGUACAGUACUUCUGCGCAGCUCAUCAUGCAGGCUGUCAGGCAUAGCUUCGUCGAUGCAGCCAGCAAGGAUGGUGUGCUGGAGAACCAGCUCUAUCUUUUGCGAAUGAUACUCGAAAAGGGGAUUCAUCCCGACACGCCCAUCCCCCUUGUGGUGGGCAAAGUUUCUGCAGGCGGCAAAUCGAUCGGUUGGAACACGUUUAUGCACACAGAGGUCUCGAACCCGCUGCCGCGCGAGGUCUUGGAGCUCCUCCACCAACAUGGCUCCGAUGUCAAUGCCAGGGAUCACAAAGACUUGACGCCCCUCGACCACGCUGUGUCGCAAUUUCUCACAGCGUUUGACACCAUGUACAGCCUCCGCGGGGGAAACGUCCCGACGGCGCGAAAGGAUGCGUACGUUCGGAAGCUUGACAUAUGCCGCUUCUUGCUCGACAACGGAGGUCGGAUGACGACCAGGUCUGAUCAGUUUCUGUGGGAUAUUUCAGCGGAGACACGCGAGGAGAUCACGGCGCUGGACAUACCCGUCGAGCCGAGGCUUCCCUUCCCUCCAAGCAUGAGGCCAGGGGAGAAGUUCUUCUUCGGAGAGACAGGACAUCCCUCUGGCGGUAAAGAAAUGCUGGAGGAUUCGGCCUCAGAGUCAUCCGAACAGACUGAGCCUCACGAUAUGGGCUGGGCUGAAUAUGGUGUGCAGCAGGCACGGAGCCUUGCGUGGUGGAUUGUUUCCGCAGGGCGGGGUGGGGGGGAUGAGGCUGCUCAGUAG